AUGACUGGAGAUAUCUGUGGCGGGACAUUGAUUUCGCCGACAGUAAUUUUGACUGCUGCUCAUUGCAUUUAUGGAUCCAAAGCAGAGGACUUCAGAGUUUCUGUUGGGAUGUAUGAUAAAAGACAGAGAAGAGCACCUGGUGUUCAAAGAAGAAAGCCCAGCAGUCUGAUUGUGCACCCGAAAUAUGACUCAACCAUUUUCAUGAGUGACGUCGGACUCAUGAUUUUGAACAAAACAAUAAAAAUAACCAACAAUGUCCGUCCGAUUUGCUUGUGGAACGAUGACUCUGACCCUAAUUUGACUCGCGUGGCUGGAACCAAUGCUAUGGCGGUUGGGUUUGGGCUCGUCGACAACCACACGCGCACAGAUGAUCUGCAAGAGGUUCGACUACCAAUUUUAGCUCACAAAGAGUGCUACUUGUCAAACAGGAGGUUUUUCGGGAAAUAUUUGCGACCGGGAGACAACUUUUGCGCCGGCUACAAUAAUGGAACAACCACCUGCAACGGGGACAGCGGAGGCAGCCUCUCCGUGGAAAAAGACGGCCGCUGGUUCAUCAGGGGCAUCGUCAGCUUUGGAAUGUCGAAAAUAGUGGAGUUUGAGGGCAAAAAUACUUCGUUGUGUCAUCCAAAUCAAUAUUCCCUGUUCACUGACGUCGCAAAUUACAUGGACUGGAUCGUCGAAAACACGUCGGACAUUUCAUUCCGGAAUUAAAUGUGGGUUUUGAAAAAAAGGAAAAUGAUCAAUAUAGUUAUUCAGUAGAAAAAUGGUAGAUGGGACAGAACAAUCUCUUAUAAAAAUAUUUUUUUAUGGUUUUAAUAAAUGGUUACAAAAGUUUUGAUUGCUCGGCUUUUUUUAUGAUUUUUCAGCGACUAAAG